UGUGCUCCCGCUCGCUUUCUCGCUACCUUCCUCAGCUGGGCCGAGAGCAUUAGCGGAGCCGCCCUUUUCUAUUUAUAAUUCUCUCCUCCUCGCCCCUACAAGAAUCGAGAGCCGGGAUAAAGUCAAUCAUCAGCUCAGCCUCAGCCUCAUCCCGUUGCGCGUGCGUGCGUGCGUGUUGCCUCGCUCCUGUGAUUGGGUUUUGAGAGUUUCUUGGCUGUGCUUGAGAAUGGACGGCGCUCCGGUGGCCGAGUUCCGGCCGACGAUGACGCACGGCGGCCGCUUCCUCCUCUACAACAUAUUCGGCAACCAGUUCGAGAUCACGGCCAAGUACCAGCCGCCGAUCAUGCCCAUCGGCCGCGGCGCCUACGGGAUCGUCUGCUCGGUGAUGAACUUCGAGACGAGGGAGAUGGUGGCAAUCAAGAAGAUCGCCAACGCCUUCGACAACAACAUGGACGCCAAGCGCACGCUCCGGGAGAUCAAGCUCCUCAGGCACCUCGACCACGAGAACAUAGUAGGCCUCCGAGAUGUGAUCCCGCCGGCGAUCCCGCAGUCCUUCAACGACGUCUACAUCGCCACUGAGCUCAUGGACACGGACCUCCACCACAUCAUCCGCUCCAACCAAGAACUCUCGGAAGAACACUGCCAGUACUUCCUGUACCAGCUGCUGCGCGGCCUCAAGUACAUCCACUCGGCGAACGUGAUCCACCGCGACCUCAAGCCGAGCAACCUGCUGCUGAACGCCAACUGUGACCUCAAGAUCUGCGACUUCGGCCUGGCGCGGCCGUCAUCGGAGAGCGACAUGAUGACGGAGUACGUGGUCACGCGGUGGUACCGGGCCCCGGAGCUGCUGCUCAACUCCACCGACUACUCCGCGGCCAUCGACGUCUGGUCCGUCGGCUGCAUCUUCAUGGAGCUCAUCAACCGCGCGCCGCUCUUCCCGGGGAGGGACCACAUGCACCAGAUGCGGCUCAUCACGGAGGUGAUCGGCACCCCCACCGACGACGACCUGGGAUUCAUCCGGAACGAGGACGCCAGGAGGUACAUGAGGCACCUGCCGCAGUUCCCUCGCCGGUCCUUCCCGGGCCAGUUCCCCAAGGUGCAGCCCGCCGCGCUGGACCUCAUCGAGAGGAUGCUCACCUUUAACCCGCUGCAGAGGAUCACAGUUGAAGAGGCGUUGGAGCACCCGUACCUAGAGCGGCUUCACGACGUCGCCGACGAGCCCAUCUGCACGGACCCCUUCUCCUUCGACUUCGAGCAGCACCCUUUGACGGAAGACCAGAUGAAGCAACUCAUAUUCAACGAAGCCCUGGAGUUGAACCCCAACUUCCGAUACUAGAUGAUUCAUUCCUAGUUACCCAACCCUCAACAGUAUGAUUUCGGUAUAAAACUGUCUGUAAAUAGGAGUAAGAUCAAAGAACAUGCUAGAUUGCGCACUGCAUUUGUUUGUUUAUUCUGUGUAAGUUGUUGCUGCUUCUUCAAACCUUUGUCCCUCAGCUGUGCGAAUAAAAAGUUUGGAGCAUGAUUUGAGGGCAAAUCAUUCUCUAGUUUAUGAA